GGGCAGCGAGGGGCCAUCUUGUGCUGCUGGGGCAUCUCAGGUCGUGCAUCUGCACACCUGCUGUGCCCGGCUUCCCCAUCAUUAGCAUCACGGGGCUGCGUUGCCUGCAGCACACAGACAUCAUCGCCCUGCCAUGACUGGGCGCAGUCUCUGCUCUCAGCCUCCCCUCUCCAGCUCAGGAGAGCGAGCAUGAGUUAAUGAUGGCACUCGCUGCGCGUAGCAAAACCUGCAGCGUCCCACAGCCCGCUGACCUUGGGGUGCAGGCGCAGCGCCAGGGGUCGGGUGCCACCUAGGGGCUCCUCCUGUGCCUUGGAAGCUCUCCAUUGCCCGAGUUGUAAGGUAAAAGCCAGGACAGGCACAGUUUGUUAUGGUCAGGAAAUAGGAAGGCACUGACUGUGGUCCUCUGUGUCCUGCGAUGGCUGAGCCCUUCUGCAGGCACGCUGUGGGUGCUGCAGGGUGGCUCUCACUGGAGGUAUUCCCCUGCUCGCCCAUCAGCAUGCGUCUGAGCCGUGCUGUUUCUGUGUUCCAGCUCCUUGCGCGCAUUGAGCGCAUGGAAAGAAGAGUGCAGCUGGUGAAGAAGGACACCGAGAGAGAAAAACACAGGAUUUUCCAGGGCUUCGAGGUGGAUGAGAAGGCCGAAGCAGAGGCGUGUGAGAAACUGCCGCUGGAAUGCCCGCAGGAACUGCUGGAGCCCUCGCAAACCCUGCAGCCCAAGCACUUCCCCUACGGCAGGAAUGGGAAGGGGCAUAAAAGGAAGCCGGCGUUUGGGAGCGCAGAGAGGAAAACGCCCGUUAAGAAAUUGGUGUCUGAGUUCUCAAAGGUGAAGGGUAAAACUCUGAAGCACUCUCCGGUGAAAGAGGAGUCGAGUGGCUCUUUGUCUGAAACUGUUUGCAAACGAGAACUGCGGAGCCAAGAGACUCCAGAAAAAAACAGGUCGCUGCUGGAGACCCCGCUCAGACCCUCCGCCCCGCUGAAGGGCCCCAGCAGCCACCCCAAGGAAAAGGGCUUCUUCAGCGAGAUUGACGAUCUGCCCUACCUUUCCACCACGGAAAUGUACUUGUGUCGCUGGCAUCAGCCCCCCCCAUCACCGUUGCCGUUACGAGAGCCCUCCCCAAAGAAGGAGGAGACUGUAGCAAUUCCAUCUUGGAGGGACCAUGUUGUGGAGCCCCUGCGAGACCCCAACCCCUCAGACAUCCUGGAGAACCUCGAUGACAGCGUGUUUUCCAAACGGCAUGCAAAACUGGAGUUGGAUGAAAAACGAAGGAAAAGAUGGGACAUCCAAAGGAUCAGGGAACAAAGAAUUUUACAGCGACUGCAGCUCAGAAUGUAUAAAAGGAAAGGAAUUCAGGAGUCGGAGCCUGAAGUUACCUCAUUUUUCCCUGAGCCGGAUGAUGUGGAAAGCUUGCUGAUCACCCCCUACCUGCCUGUCGUUGCCUUUGGCCGCCCCUUACCCAAACUGACCCCACAGAACUUUGAGCUGCCCUGGCUGGAUGAGCGCAGCCGCUGCCGGCUGGAGGUGCAGAAGAAGCAGACCCCCCACCGGACCUGCAGGAAGUAGCAGCGCAGCGGAGCCGGGAGCUCUGUACGUUGCUGAGUCCUUGCCCUCUUUGUUCUUGUUCAGGGAUGGUUUUGUUCCCUCCAUGCCCUGGUUUUGUUCUCUCGUUUUCUUUUCAACACGUUUCAGACUCGUCCCCGCCGCCUGUGCUUUGAGCUGGGGUUUGUCUCCCAUUUGUGUUCCUCCCUCCUCGGCAGCCCUGCGUGCAGCAGUGGGGUGGGAGCCUCCUGUGGGUCCCAGCGGGUCUCGGUGUCCGUGGCAGGCAUGGACCGGGCCCUGCCUGUGCUCCCUGGGGAAGGGCUGCGGCGGCGCUGGCCCUGCUCUGGUGUUGGGUCAGGAAACAGCGCUGAGCAGCUGCCCGAGGCUGAAGCUUCCGUCAGCCACCGCCUUUGUGUUGUUCCUGUUGAGUGGCUGUAACGUGGUGGGAGGAGACUUUUAAAAGGAAACGAAAACAAACUUUUUUUUCUUUUUUUUUUCCUCUUUUUUUUUUUUUUUUUUUUUUCCUCGUGUGUGAAAUAGAAAUCCUCAACGCACAACGUUGGUUCUUUUUUAAUUUAAGCCUUCUGAGGGCGGCAGCGUGGCAGCGACCCGACCCCCCUCACACUGUGCCAGGAGGAGCCCCGUUCUGUGCCAGGCUGUUCCUACGGGCGCAGUGCUGGAGGGCGCUGCUCGCCGCUCCCCGCGGCUGAGCGGCAGGAAAUGGGGAACAAACGUUAAUUAAACGAAUCGCCCCACCCUGCCGUGCGCGUGCGGCCUGGGCCCGGCCCGGAGCCCGCCCCGUGUGCCUGGGUCGCUGUGUAAAUACCCCCGGUGCUGACUCAAUGCAGACAUUUUGUUUGUUUGUUUGUUCUGUUUUUGGUUGUUUUUUUUUCCUUUUUUUUUUUUUUUUUU